CAAAUCAAUGGAGGAGAGUUUUGAAUUCCGUCGGUGGGAUGAAUUAAUUCCUGAUGCACUUGGGCUGAUAUUUAGAAAACUUCCACUUCAAGAGGUUUUAACUAUAGUCCCAAGGGUUUGCAAGUCAUGGGGAAAAGCAGCAAGGGGUCCUUAUUGUUGGCAAGAGAUUGACAUUGAGGAAUGGAGCAAAAAUCGCUGCCCUGAUAACCUUGAUCGGAUGCUUCAAUUGCUUAUUACAAGAAGCUCUGGUUCUCUUCGUAAGCUCUGUGUUUCCGGUCUCUCCUGGGAACAAAGCUUCUCGUUCAUUGCAAACAAUGCCAAAUCUCUGCAGAUGUUGCGGUUGCCAAAAAGUGAAAUAGGUGAUUCCGUUGUGGAACGAGUUGCGGGAAUGUUCUCGAACAUAACAUUUUUGGAUGUAAGCUACUGCAUAAAAAUAGGAGCCAAAGCCCUUGAAGCCAUAGGGAAGCAUUGUAAAUGUCUCACUGGUUUGCGACGAACAAUGCAUCCCCUUGAGGUUAUUAACAAACUCUCCCAAGACGAUGAAGCCCUUGCAAUAGCCACUACAAUGCCAAAUCUCAAGCAACUCGAGAUUGCCUACAUGUUGGUUGGUACUAAAAGCAUAAUCGAGGUCCUUAAAAACUGCAGACAUCUUGAACUACUGGAUGUAAGAGGUUGUUGGAAUGUGAACCUCGACGGAAAUUUUGUGAAGAAAUUUAAUCGGGUAAAGGUGGUCGGUCCAGCUGUCGUAGAUUGCUAUGAUAGGAAUGGCUGGGACAAUUGCUCUGAUUAUUCAAGUUCUUCUGGCUAUGUACCAUGGGAUUUUGUGGCUGGUGAUGUGGACGAUGAUGAUGACGACUUUGAUGAGAUGUCGGAUGUGUAUUGGGAAGAUGAUCAAGAUAUUGAGGAUGUCGAAAUGUGGUUUUAUGAUGACUUAAAUGCUGUGGACUCUGGAUAUGAUUGGCCGCAAUCUCCUUGAGGUUUGAUGAUCAAAUUCUACUUAUUCAAUUUCCAGAAGUUCUAAAAUACUUCUCUUCUCUAUGGUAAAUACUGCUUGUACUACUAUAUAUAUGAAAGUUUGCCUGCUUUCUUGUGUACCUUUUCCUCUUUCUUUUUUCUGUUUUAUUACUUUCCCGUUGUAGUUUUUAUUCAUAUAACAAAGAUUUCCAUUCUAUCUUCUUAAUCAA